AUGGGGGCCGCGUGUGUGCAGAAAAGGCUGGAUCGUGCGUUAGGCUCUACUGGCUGGGCGGGGUCCUUCCCGGACACGAUUGUUCUCCAUUGUACGGAUAUUGGUUCCGAUCAUCGGGCGCUCAUAGUGGCUGAUAAACCAUUUAAGAGAAUGGCCCGACGUUUGUUCCGAUUCGAUGCCCGAUGGGUGGAAAACCCGGAGGUGCGAUUGAUGGUCAACUAUGUUUGGCUGCAGGAGGAGGCGGGGUCGCCCAUGUAUAAACUGUGGACGAAGCUUAAGAAAGUCCGACAUAUGCUAUAUGAUUGGGCCCGUGUCGGGGAGUCUAACUCAGCGAGGAAUAUUCGAACUCUACAAGGAGAGAUUGAGGCGGUCAGGAGGGCUAAUCCGGUGGAUUGGGAUAAGUUAAGGGAUCUGGAGGGGGAUUUGGGAAGACAAUGGACAACGGAGGAGUUAUUCUGGAAGCAAAAGUCCCGGGUUCGCUGGUUGAAGGAAGGGGAUAGAAAUUCUUCGUAUUUUCAUACGGUCACGCGAACUAGGCGUAGGAAGAAUUUUAUCGCCAAACUCCGUUGCGAGGACGGUGGAUGGGUCGAGGAAGAGCCGGAUAAGGCUAAAAUGGCGGUUGAGUUUUUUGAUAAUCUGUUUACGUCUGAAUUCCAGAUUGGGGAUGUGGAUGCUAGGGUGGCGGCGCUGCCAAUUGAGUGGCUGGUCACAACCGAUAUGAACCAGAAACUGGUUGCCCCUGUCUCGGCUGACGAGAUCCGGCGUACUGUUUUCUCGAUUGGGCCGACGCAAGCGCCAGGGUCUGAUGGGUUCACGGCAAAAUUCUUUCGGUCGUAUUGGGAUAUAGUAGGGCCCUUGGUGGUGGAGGCGGUGGGGUCUUUCUUUGCGAAUGGAAAACUUCUCCGUAGCUUUAAUCACACGUGGAUUACGUUAAUUCCUAAAGUGGAAGAAGUAGAGACGAUGCGCCAAUUGAGGCCGAUCAGCCUAUGCCAAGUCAUUUAUAAGAUUGUCUCGAAGAUCUUAGCAAAUCGACUUGCGGUGGUGUUACCAGUAGUUGUAUCUCCUGAGCAAAAUGCUUUUAUCAAGGAGAGACAGAUUGUUGAUAACGUUCUGAUUGGGCAUGAAAUCAUGCACUAUCUUAAAAUUAAGACGAAAGGGAAGAAGGGAUACAUGGCACUAAAGGUUGAUAUGGAAAAGGCCUAUGACAGGGUCGAGUGGCCAUUCUUACUUUCGCUCCUGAAGAAGCUGGGGUUUGGGGAGCAGUGGGUCAAGUGGAUUCAUGAAUGUAUUUCGUCUUCAUCCUAA